AUGUUUCUCGGUGAGAAUCGUAUGGAAAUGGCGCGAACCCCCUCCGCGCAGACACAACGUUACAUGGACUUCAAAUCAAGAUUAGCGGAACAUCUACACGAGACCGAACUAACCAGUGACGCGAAGAGACUAAGGGAACAGAAGCAAGAAGCCAGACGUGCAGCUUUGGACAGAGCUCUCGAUUUCACCGAGCAAUGCAUGUGCGAACAACAACUGAAUAGCCUCGACACGCCAGAGAAAAACACUCAAAUGGAUCUGGGAUUCUCCUUUCAAAACCUGGUUUGA